UUCCUGGGUUGUCAGGUGAAUGGUGGUAAACUUUCCUUUCGUAACGUAAUAAAAAGCCAAGUACGCUCCUUUGACAUUUCUGACAUUUUCUGAGAUUAUCGGUUGGUUUUUGCAAACAAAUAUAUAAGUUCUUCUUCUCUGUUGCCUGAAGCUUCUAUCGACAAGAGUCAUCACGUAUCUCUACACAUUCUUUACACCCCUUUCUACACUCAUUUUUACUUAAUACCCACUCCAAUGUUGUCUCUUAUCAAGUUGUUGAGCGCGUCUCUUGCGCUUCCACUCAUCCAGGCUGUCAGUGCCUUCGACGCCAGUUCCAACUCUAACGUGGCCGUCUACUGGGGCCAGAACUCCGCUGGUACCCAGGGCCGCUUGAGAACCUACUGUGACGAUAACAGCAUCGACAUUUUCCUCCUCUCGUUCUUGAAUGAUUUCCCAGCCACCCCGUUGGGGUUGAACUUCGCCAACGCUUGUGGUAACACCUUCCCAGACGGCUUGUUGAACUGUGACCAAAUCGCCGAAGACAUCACCUACUGCCAGUCCAAGGGUAAGAAGGUUUUGUUAUCCUUGGGUGGUCAGGCUGGUACCUACGGAUUCACCAGCGACGCUCAAGCCACAGCCUUUGCUGCCACCUUGUGGAACACCUUCGGUGAAGGUACCGCCUCUGAAAGACCAUUCGGCACCGCCGUCGUCGAUGGUUUCGACUUGGACAUUGAAAACAAGAACCCAACCGGUUACACCGCUCUUGUCGACGCUUUGCGUACCACCUACUUCCCAAAGGGUACUAAGCAGUACUACAUUUCCGCCGCUCCACAAUGUCCAUAUCCUGAUGCUUCUCUUAGCGAUGUCUUGGCCAACGCUUACAUCGAUUUCGUCUUUGUCCAGUUCUACAACAACUACUGCAGCUUGGCUGGUACCCUGUUCAACUGGAACACCUGGGCUAACUAUGCCGCGUCCGUCUCUCCAAACAAGAACGUCAAGAUCUACGUUGGCUUGGCUGGUUCCUCUUCGGCUGCCGGUUCCGGUUACGUUGAUGUUGCCACUGUCCGUAGUACUGUCAACAGUAUUGGUUCUUCUUCUGCUUUCGGUGGUGUCCUGAUCUGGGACGCUUCCCAGGCCCAGGCGAACAACAAUUUUGCCGCCUCCAUGAAGUCUAUUCUUCUUGCCAAUGCCAAGCCAUCCUCCACCGUCACUUACAAGUCCGCCCAGAUCACCUCUAACCCGGGCAAGGACGUCACUUCUAUUGCUACCUUCACUACCGUUAACCCUGACCCAUCGUACUUCACUUCUACCAACUCCGAUGGCCACGCUGUGGUUUACCACUACAACACCAUCUACCAGACUACUUGGUCCACCGUCUACGUCACUGAGGCUUAAGCCGACAAGACUCUGGUCUCUAGCCUGUGUUCUAAGGGUCUCCAUUUUCACUAUUCCUCGUCCUACCAAAUCGCUACAUUUGACAAGAUGGAUUUGCUUGAUUUUGUUAACCUUUUCUGUUCAUUGUCUUGAUACCCCACUUUUUUUUACAUCAUCCUACUAAAUAAGUUGCCUUAAAGGCUGCCAUAUGCUUAAAACUUAAUAAAAUAUGUUUAUUUUAUG